AUGGCGAUUUCUUCUUGUAGCGAUGAUGUGGAAUGUGGAGAACCCUGGCACGGAGAAUGCUCAAGUGGAAAAAAGUGUUCAUGCAAAGAAAACAAUGUGGCGAUCAAUGUUUCAACAUGUUAUCCGCUUCUAAAUGGUCUCUGCUGGUGCGACGAACAGUGUGUCACAAAAAAUUCUAUUUGUCUCGAUUAUCAUUGUUUGUGUGAAACUGGCUACAUUCCCGUCGCCAAUAAUUUGUGCGACAGAGCGAAUUUAUGA